AUGAAGCUUGUCAACAUCUGGCUGCUUCUGCUAGUGGUUUUGCUCUGUGGCAAGAGACAUCUGGGUGACAGACUGGAGAAGAAGGCUUCUGAAAAGGCCCCGUGCCCUGGCUGUUCCCACCUGACUUUGAAGGUGGAAUUCUCCUCAACGGUCGUGGAAUAUGAAUAUAUUGUGGCUUUCAAUGGAUACUUCACAGCCAAAGCUAGAAAUUCUUUUAUUUCAAGCGCCCUGAAGAGCAGUGAAAUAGACAACUGGAGAAUCAUUCCUCGAAACAACCCAUCCAGUGACUACCCUAGUGAUUUUGAGGUGAUUCAGAUAAAAGAAAAACAGAAAGCGGGGCUGCUAACCCUUGAAGAUCAUCCCAACAUCAAACGGGUGACACCCCAGCGGAAAGUCUUUCGUUCGCUCAAGUACGCGGAGUCCGACCCCGCAGCACCCUGUAACGAGACCCGGUGGAGCCGCAAGUGGCAGUCGUCCCGGCCCCUGCGCAGAGCCAGCCUGUCCCUGGGCUCCGGGUUCUGGCACGCCACGGGAAGGCAUUCGAGCCGGCGGCUGCUGAGGGCCAUCCCGCGCCAGGUGGCCCAGACCCUGCAGGCGGACGUGCUGUGGCAGAUGGGCUACACAGGCGCUAACGUGAGGGUUGCUGUUUUUGACACUGGGCUGAGCGAGAAGCACCCCCACUUCAAAAACGUGAAGGAGAGAACCAACUGGACCAACGAGCGAACACUGGACGACGGUGGUCGUAUUUGGCCAUUGAACUAGGUAUCCUACACCUCCUGGUUCCUGGACGCCUUCAACUACGCCAUCCUGAAGAAGGUGGAUGUGCUGAACCUCAGCAUCGGCGGCCCCGACUUCAUGGACCAUCCCUUCGUCGACAAGGUGUGGGAAUUAACGGCUAACAACGUAAUCAUGGUUUCUGCUAUUGGCAAUGAUGGGCCUCUAUACGGGGUGACGGGCGUCAGCAUCCCCGAGCUGCGGCUCCACCACGAGGAGCGUCCGGAACUCCCAGGAGGCUACGGCCGUGUGAAGCCCGAUAUUGUCACCUACGGUGCCGGAGUGAGGGGAUCCGGUGUGAAGGGGGGCUGCCGAGCCCUGUCGGGGACCAGCGUGGCCUCUCCGGUGGUCGCCGGGGCGGUCACCUUAUUGGUGAGCACAGUCCAGAAGCGAGAGCUCGUGAACCCGGCCAGCAUGAAGCAGGCCCUCAUCGCGUCCGCCCGGAGGCUUCCAGGUGUCAAUAUGUUCGAGCAAGGCCAUGGCAAGCUGGAUCUGCUCAGAGCCUAUCAGAUUCUCAACAGCUACAAACCGCAGGCAAGUCUGAGCCCCAGCUACAUAGAUCUGACUGAGUGUCCCUACAUGUGGCCGUACUGCUCCCAGCCCAUCUACUAUGGAGGGAUGCCGACAAUCGUCAACGUCACCAUCCUCAACGGCAUGGGCGUCACGGGAAGAAUUGUAGACAAGCCUGACUGGCAGCCCUACUUACCACAGAACGGGGACAACAUCGAAGUGGCUUUCUCUUACUCCUCGGUGUUGUGGCCUUGGUCAGGCUACCUGGCCGUUUCCAUCUCUGUCACCAAGAAAGCGGCCUCGUGGGAAGGCAUCGCGCAGGGGCACGUCAUGGUCACCGUCGCUUCCCCGGCAGAGGUGGAAUCAAAAAGUGGUGCAGAGCAGACGUCAACCGUGAAGCUCCCGAUUAAGGUGAAGAUCAUUCCUGCUCCCGCCCGGAGCAAGAGGGUUCUCUGGGACCAGUACCACAACCUCCGCUACCCGCCCGGCUAUUUCCCCAGGGACAACCUUCGGAUGAAGAAUGACCCUCUGGACUGGAACGGUGACCACAUCCACACCAACUUCAGGGACAUGUACCAGCACCUGAGGAGCAUGGGCUACUUCGUCGAAGUCCUCGGCUCCCCCUUCACGUGCUUCGACGCCAGUCAGUACGGAACCUUGCUCAUGGUGGACAGCGAAGAGGAGUACUUCCCCGAGGAGGUGGCCAAACUGAGGAGGGACGUGGACAACGGCCUCUCGCUCAUCGUCUUCAGCGAUUGGUACAACACGUCCGUCAUGAGAAAAGUCAAGUUUUACGAUGAAAACACAAGGCAGUGGUGGAUGCCGGACACCGGAGGGGCUAAUGUCCCUGCUCUGAACGAACUUCUGUCUGUCUGGAACAUGGGGUUCAGCGAUGGCCUGUAUGAAGGGGAUUUUACCUUAGCAAACCAUGACAUGUAUUACGCGUCAGGAUGCAGCAUCGCUAAGUUUCCAGAAGAUGGCAUAGUGAUAACACAGACUUUUAAAGACCAAGGAUUGGAGGUUUUAAAGCAGGAAACAGCCGUGGUCGAAAACGUCCCCAUUUUGGGACUUUAUCAGAUUCCAGCGGAGGGUGGAGGCCGGAUUGUGCUGUACGGAGACUCCAACUGCUUGGAUGACAGUCACCGACAGAAGGACUGCUUCUGGCUCCUGGAUGCGCUCCUCCAGUACACGUCGUAUGGGGUGACCCCUCCCAGCCUCAGCCAUUCCGGGAACCGGCAGCGGCCUCCCAGCGGAGCCGGCUCGGUCACCCCAGAGAGGAUGGAAGGGAACCACCUGCACCGGUACUCCAAGGUCCUCGAGGCCCGUCUGGGAGGCCCGGAGCCUCGGGCCCUACCUGCCUGUCCACACCUGUCAUGGGCCAAGCCACAGCCUUUGAACGAGACCGCUCCCAGUAAUCUUUGGAAACAUCAGAAGCUGCUCUCCAUCGACCUGGACAAAGUGGUAUUACCCAACUUUCGAUCGAACCGCCCUCAAGUGAGACCCUUGUCCCCCGGAGAGAGCAGUGCCUGGGACAUUCCUGGAGGGAUCAUGCCCGGCCGCUACAACCAGGAGGUGGGCCAGACCAUUCCCGUCUUCGCCUUCCUGGGAGCCAUGGUGGUCCUGGCCUUCUUUGUGGUACAAAUCAACAAAGCCAAGAGCAGGCCGAAGCGCAGGAAGCCCCGGGUGAAGCGCCCCCAGCUCAUGCAGCAGGCGCACCCGCCAAAGACCCCUUCGGUGUGA